UCAGUGUGAAAGUCACAAACAUAAACAGUGCAAAACUUUUGCAUCACUGUUGAUCUCGACCGCGCCGUGGGUGGAGGGCAGAAUUCUAUCGCGCAGUUUUUCCUACGUGUACGCACGUACAGUUCCGAGCGAAGAAAAGCAAAUCAAUUUAACUGUGUGUAUUCUUCUUGGAGAGUUAGUCUUGCCAGUACGCUACAGUGAUGGAAGUGAAGCAAGAGCAGGAAAAUAUCUAUCUCUUCGUGCCCAACAUCAUUGGGUACGCCCGGAUCGUGUUGGCAAUCGUUUCCUUCUACUACAUGCCCACGGACUAUGUGAUUGCCAGCUGGUGCUACAUCAUCAGCGUACUGCUCGAUGCACUCGAUGGCCAUGCGGCACGGCAUUUCAACCAGUCCACAAAGUUCGGCGCCAUGCUGGACCAGCUUACUGACCGGUGCGGUACAUGCGGGCUGCUGGUAACGCUGAGCUACUUCUACCCGAAGUACAUGUUCUGGUUCCAGCUAUCGAUGGCCAUCGAUGUGGCGUGCCACUGGUUCUAUCUGCAUACGACCGUCCUGCAGGGCAAGACGUCGCACAAGUUUAUCGACAUGUCCGGUAAUCCGAUUAUGCGCGUCUACUACACCAAUCGCCUCGUGCUUGGCUUCAUGUGUCUGUUCAACGAGCUGUUCUAUGCGGCACUGUACCUGCUGCACUUCACACCCGGCCCACUGCUGCUGGGCUUCUCCACCUUCAAGCUGCUCGCCAUCGUUUCCUUCCCGGUGGCCGUCGUUAAGACGGGCAUUUCGGUAAUUCACGGCUUUGUGGCCAGCUGCAACAUCGGUGUGAUUGACGUCGCGGAACGGGCGGCCCAGCGGGAACGGGAAGCAAACAAAAAGCCACAAUAAAUCUUGCGGCCUCUUCCCCGCCCCGGCGUAAAUCGACGACGAAAUAGGGAAAUGUUGUUUUCCUCCGUUUUCCCGCCACCAGGGAUUACACCCUUCUUUCGAGAACGUUCCUCCACUUCACGAUGGAUGGACGCAAGCUUCCGAUCGGUCCGGUCUCGCGCUGCUGCGGCUGCUGACAUUCAGACGACCGAGACAGGGGACACUUUUUAAGCUCUCCACAGAAACAAAAUCAUGCCAAAGGACAACAAACAGAUGGACAGGGCAACUAUCUAUUGAUGUGUUUUAAAACGUGUAUUUAAGUGUUGUUAACUAAUGUAGCCAGAAAUGUAUACCCCGGUUCGGUGAGGGCACGAUACAAACAAAAAGAUGAGUGUGAAGGGAGAUACAAAACACCUACGCAUCUGAGAAUGGAUCGAUAAAGGGCAGCAGGAACCGAAAAUAGCCAUUGCACAUUCCACUGAGACGCAUCCACAGAUAUCUAACUUUACUGGACAAAUUUAGAUGAGGUCAAUCGAUAUUUUGCUAUCAGAAAGAUAUAUCUACAUUACACCCUACACGUGUGGUACAACAUGGUAGCUUCAAGGAAGUACGAUUUAUCCCUCCCGUUGUAGUUUCUCUCCCGCACGUGGUCGACCGAGGAUAGGAUUAUUUAGCGUUUGCUUAAAGAGUAGUAUUUAAGCGACUCGCCCAGGUACGUGCGUGUUGUCGCAUCUCCUAUCGCAUCCCGGCGUAGUAGAGUAGCGGUGUACAACUUACAAUCGCCCCAAGUAUAUAUCAAGUAAUCGUGUCAAUCUGUUUAGAGUAGGGAACACGGAACCAUUUCAUCGAUGUGACUUGCAACCCCCAAAUGUGUCUAACAAUAAAUAGCCUUUCUCUGUAUCUGUGCAUA